GAGGCUAGUACAACUAAACUGCUCUUCAAGCAUUUAAUGGCGUUUUUUGUGGAAAGAACUGAAUUGAAAUCAGGUGUGUAUUGUUGAAAUUGAACUGAAGUUAAAAGUUUGUUUUUAUUCCCUCUUUUUUUCAAGUUUAAUUUACUGUCUAAUUGAAUUGCCGUUAAUCACUAUUUUUUUAUGAGUUUACGAAACACAAACUAUAUCCAGAGAAACGUUUCAGGUUUAACGUUUGCAUGGUAUGCGUGCAUGAUUUAUAAAAAAAUUAAGAAAUUAUUAAUUGUAAGUGUGCAAAAUAAUAAGUAAACAUGUCUAUACCCCAAGAAAUGUGCUUAGAGGUAGCUGUAGAAGUCGUUGGUCCGGGAGAUAUUAUAGUCAAGGAAGAAAAUAUAGAUGAUAUGCCUAGUUGUUCAAGGCAGAUGAGAGCUAUCCGUAAAAAACCCUUUGUAUGUGAUAUGUGUGAGAAAUGUUUUGCAAAUGAAGAUAAGUUCCAAGAGCAUUAUCUUAUGCAUUCAGCAGCCAUACAAGCAUUUAAUGGCACUAAAGGUAAUACUGACCAUAUUCCCACUUGUUCCAAAGAAAACAAAAAUGUGCGUGAAAAAACAUUAAUAUGCGAAGUGUGUGAAAAAGGUUUUGCAACGGAAGAAAAAUUUCAAGAGCAUUAUUUACUCCAUUCUGGAGUAAAACCUUUUAUUUGUGAAGUAUGCUUAAAAGGAUUUGCUAAUAAGAGCAAUCUACAACGACAUAGGUUAAUUCAUAGUGCAGAAAAACCUUUUGUCUGUGAAGUAUGCAAUAAAGGCUUUGCUGACAAAUAUACAUUCCAAAUGCACAAGCAGAUUCAUCAAGGAGAGAAGCAUGUUUGUGAUAUAUGUUUUCGAGAAUUCACCCAAAAAUCUAAUUUGAAACGGCAUUAUACAAAUCAUUCAGCAUAUAGGCCUCAUGGCUGUAAUGUUUGUGGAAAGCGAUUUACUGAUAAAUGUACGUUAGAAACUCAUUUAGCUAUCCAUACUGGGGAAAAAUAUAUUUGUGAUGUUUGCUUCCAAGGUUUUACACAAAAGUCCAACUUAAAAAGGCAUUAUGGAUUGCAUUUCGCGACAAAAAAAUGUGUUUGUGAUAUUUGUGGUAAAAGCUAUGCUGAUAAUUACACUUUCCAAAUUCAUCGGUUGAUACAUACUGGGGAAAAGCAUGUGUGUGACAUUUGUUCUAGGGGUUUUACUCAAAAGAGUAAUCUUAGGAGGCAUUAUGCUACUCAUAUGAAAGAGAAGAAAUAUCAUUAUUGUUUGAAUUGUCCUAAAAAAUUUCUUAGAGAAGAUAAAUUAGAGAAACAUGAGCUUGUUCAUCUUAAAAAUUACUUUUCUGAAAAUGUUGUAGAUAAUUAAUAAUGUAGAUACCAGUUAUACUAUGUAAAUAUUGAUUUGAGUUUUAGAAAAAAUUUCCAGUUGUGCUUUCAAUUAUUAAAUACUGCAAAUAUUUCAUUUACUAAAUUAUAUAAUCAGUAUUUUUUCAUGUUAGUCAAUUAUUUAUAUUGAAAAUCAUACAUUAAACGAAUUAUUGAAUUGUAAAAUUUGUGAAUUGGUGUUGUUUUUUUAAUCUAAAUUAUAAUGACUUUAAAAUUAUUGUAUUUGUUUAAUGCCUGUUAUUGUGCAUGUUGAAUAAAAACUUAAAAAUCUUAAA